AUGAAAGGAAGAGAUAAGAGCUCAUCAAAUACCUGUAGAAGAUUGAGAAGCACCAAUGAGGCAAAAAUAGAAGGUUCUGUUCGUAAAGGUCAAGUUCCUGUACUGGUGGGAACAAAUAAUGAAACCAUGGAGAGACUGGCCAUCCCCAUAAGGCUCAUCAACCAUCCUUCUUUAGCUCAUUUACUUGAUGAAUCUGCAGCUGAACUUGGUUAUAAUCAACAGGGAUUGCUCAGAAUUUUGUGUGAUGUCGAAGAAUUCAAGGAAGUGCUCGAUAGAAUAUAUCAAUGCGGCUGUAGGAGUUCUCCAUCGAUGCAUAUGUAA